UCGUUCCUGCGGCGGCGGCGGAAGUGGAGCCGCAUCGUAAAGAUGGCUGACAGUGGAGUUACAGAUGGACACGAGAAGAAAGAUAUUGAACGUUCUAAGAGUGAAGGGAAAGAGCUGUCCAAAGAGGAGAAGCAGCGGCUGAGGAAAGAGAAGAAACAACAGAAGAAAAGCAAGGAGAAGAAAGAUGACAAGGCUUCAAAAGAAGGUGGAAAAGAAAAGAAGUCAGCCACCUUAGCUGCUCCAGCACCGCAGCCUCCAUUGCAGACAACAGUGAAAGUUCCCUCAGCAGUGCCUACUCCUGCACCAGUACCUGUGCCUGCCUCCUCUGAGGCCCCCGCCCCUGCAGACAAACCUGCCAAGACUAAGGCUGAACUGAAAGCUGAACGGAGAGCCCGACAAGAGUCUGAGAGGUCCAGUAAACAGGGCAAGAAAGGGGAUCCGGGACAGCAGACUGCCUCUGGCAAACCGAAGGCACCGCCCAGUGAGCUGCAGCCAGUGGUGAAGAGGCUCCCUGAACACGUUCAAGUGGACAACCCAGAAGUUUUAAAGAAGCUGGCUAAGAAGCUAGAAAGACAACAGACACCAGUUCACUGUGCUACUAAAGAGAUCCCGCUACGCUCAGACUACGGCUACAAAGUCAGCUUAUUUUCUCACCUCCACCAGUACAGUCGCAAAGCCCCUCUAACACAACAACUCAGCAUUCCUUCAACAGUGAUUCAUCCUGCUAUUGUUCGACUGGGCCUUCAGUAUUCCCAGGGCAUCGUGGCGGGGUCAAACGCUCGCUCUGUUGCUCUGCUUCACGCCUUCAAACAGGUAAUAAGGGACUAUACUACACCUCCAAACGAAGAGCUAUCUAGAGACUUGGUCAAUAAGCUGAAACCUUAUAUCAGUUUCUUGAAUCAAUGUCGUCCUCUGUCAGCCAGCAUGGGAAACGCAAUCAAAUAUGUCAAGAAAGAGAUCUCCAAUAUUCCCAGUCAAUGCAAGGAAGAGGAGGCAAAGAAUAAACUCCUCAGCUGUAUGGAGUUGUACAUUAAAGACAAGAUCAUUCUUGCUGCUAAAGCUAUUGCUGAGUCCGCCAUAGAAAAGAUCAGCGAUGGUGACGUUAUUCUAGUUUAUGGAUGCUCUUCUCUGGUCAACCACAUCCUGUUUGAGGCCUUUGAGAAAAGAAGGAAGUUCCGCGUCAUAGUUGUGGACAGCAGGCCGCGGCUGGAGGGCAGGGAGGCUCUGAGGUGCCUCGUCCAGAGAGGCAUCAGCUGCACCUACGUCCUCAUCUCGGCUGUCUCCUACAUCCUUCCAGAGGUAUCGAAGGUGUUCCUUGGCGCUCACGCUCUCUUGGCCAACGGCUACGUCAUGUCUCGAGUUGGGACUUCUCAGAUUGCUCUGGUGGCCAAAGCUUUUAACGUGCCUGUGCUGGUUUGUUGUGAGACCUACAAGUUCUGUGAGCGGGUGCAAACGGACUCCUUCGUAUCCAACGAACUCGAUGACCCAGAUGACCUCAUCGUGACCCGUAAAGGUAAAACUCAGUUGGAGAACUGGCAGGAAGUGCCCUCUCUUGGUCUGCUCAACCUGGUGUAUGACGUGACGCCGCCUGAUUUUGUGGAUCUAGUCAUCACAGAACUGGGAAUGAUCCCGUGCACCUCAGUCCCAGUGGUGUUACGAGUUAAAAACGUGGACCAGUGAACAGCCUUCAUUUCAGUUUGUGUGCACGAGUCCUUGCACACAACACACUAUAUCGUGCUUUUAGCAUGCAAUAAAUGUAUAUCGGAAAUGGCAUAACCU